AUGUUGCUCAUUCCCAUCAUCAUCUUUAUGCCAGAUUCAGGUAAUUCGUGUAUGGAUGAAAAGCAGAUUAUACAGGACAAUUCAUUCCCUUCUGAAGAAGUUAACACUAUGCUGUCAGUAGAGAUGGGCUCAACGGCUGUGCUCUGCUGCUCUUCUGUCCCGUUGACAACCUUGGAGUUAAUAACAUGGAAAAUCACCCUCAGAGGCCAGCCUGUCUGCAUGAGAGCUUAUAAAAAACAAACAAAUGAGACCAGUAACAACUGUACUGAUGACGGAAUCACGUGGGUCUCCAGACCUGACCUGAGUCCUCACCUCCAGAUUAAUGCAGUUGCUGUCGCACAUGAUGGAAAUUACACCUGUGAAGCAGCAACAUAUAGUGGGUAUUUCCUUCUUCGCUAUGAACUCCAAGUGCUAGUGCGCCCUGAAGCCAACAUCUUCCUCAGCAAGAAUCAGACAGUGGUGUGUGAGGCAGUGGCAGGCAGGCCAGCUGCACGGAUCUCCUGGAUUCCAGCCGGGCACUGUGUGACCACGAAGGAAGGGCACAGCAAUGGCACAGUGACGGUCAGAAGUGCCUGCCGCUAUCCAGACAGCAAUGUGUCUGCUGUGACCUGCUUAGUCUCCCAUUCGACUGGGAACAAGAGUCUCUCUGAAGUUUUUCUGCCUUCUGGCUCAAGAUCUCCAGCAUCAUCUUUGCUAAUUAUUCUCUAUGUGAAACUCUCUGUGUUCAUAGUUGUUCUGGUCAUUUUGGGAUUUGCUUUCUACCAGAAGAUAAAUGCUAGCAGCAAAAUACGAUCACCAGUUUUGGAAAAUGAGACACAAACAUAA